UAAGGAGCGCACCCGGUGUUGUAACCGUGGAGGUAAACAUGGCCGCCCUCGGACCUCUGUCAAGAACAGCCCGGCUCGGCUGCAACCUCUGUCGGGACCACCGCUUGGUGUUUAACAGAAACCUUCAGAGACGAGGAAUAGCUUCGUGCAUUGACCCUUCAUAUGGACUCUCAGAGGAGCAGAAGGAGUUUCAGAAAGUGGCCUUUGACUUCGCAGCCAAUGAAAUGGCUCCACACAUGGCCGAGUGGGACCAAAAGGAAAUCUUCCCAGUGGAGACGAUGCGGAAAGCUGCCCAGCUAGGAUUCGGUGGCAUCUACGUGCAGCCAGAGGUCGGGGGGUCAGGCCUCUCUCGUCUGGACACGUCGAUCAUUUUCGAGGCUCUGUCCACGGGCUGCGUCAGCACCACGGCGUACAUUAGCAUCCACAACAUGUGUGCCUGGAUGAUUGACACCUUUGGGAAUAACGAGCAGAGAGAGAGGUUCUGCCCUGACCUCUGCUCCAUGGAAAAGUUUGCCUCCUAUUGUCUGACUGAGCCAGGCAGCGGCAGCGACGCAGCUUCACUCAUCACGUCGGCGCAGCUCAAAGGGGACCAUUAUAUCCUAAAUGGCUCCAAGGCUUUUAUCAGUGGGGGAGGAGACACCGAUGUGUAUGUUGUGAUGUGCAGAACAGGAGGGAAAGGACCUAAAGGAAUUUCAUGCUUAGUAGUGGAGAAGGGGACGCCGGGCCUCAGUUUUGGCAAAAAGGAGAAGAAGGUGGGCUGGAACUCUCAGCCUACCAGGGCUGUGAUAUUUGAGGACUGUGCCGUCCCAGUGACCAACCGGCUCGGCGCUGAAGGACAGGGCUUCAACAUCGCCAUGAAGGGCCUGAAUGGAGGCAGGAUUAAUAUCGCUUCCUGUUCUCUGGGAGCGGCACACGCCUCUGUGCUGCUGGCGAAGGAUCACCUACUGGUGCGCAAGCAGUUUGGAGAGACGCUCGCCAAUAACCAAUUUCUGCAGUUCAAGCUGGCAGAAAUGGCCACCAAGUUGGUUGCGUCUCGCCUUCUGGUGCGCGAGGCUGCCACGGCGCUGCAGCAGAGCCGAGCUGAUGCCGUCUCCCUCUGCUCCAUGGCCAAGCUUUUUGUAACAGACGAGUGCUUCAAUAUCUGCAACCAGGCUCUCCAGAUGCACGGCGGCUACGGUUACCUGAAGGACUACGCCGUGCAGCAGUUUGUGCGAGACAUCAGAGUCCAUCAGAUUCUUGAGGGAACCAACGAGGUGAUGAGGAUGAUUAUUUCCCGAAAUUUGCUCACGGAGUCGUGAUAAAUCUUUUCUCCUGGGUGUUCAGUGGACCACGUAGUUGUGGUCUUGAUUGAUUGUUACCGUGUGGCGGGUCCGGAAUUGCUCUCUGCAUCAUACUUCUUCCAGUUUUAGAGGAAAUCAUCACAGUUGGUGGAAACGGGUCUUAUUUUUGUAGUAAAACACCAGAUCACCUGUCAGAUUUGUAGCUGUGACACGGGAAGAAAUUGAGAUUAAUGCACCUGCUUUAACAGCAGCGCUUAUCAAUCACUCAUCAAUAACUGCAUUGAUGUUCAUGUAUCAAAUCCAAAGACAUGGAUUAAAGCAACCAGAGUGGUUUAGUUAUCACAUUUUGGCCACUCGGUUUAGCCUUGUUCCACAAACGGGAGUAUUUGUGAUUUAUCCGCCUAAGUAAAACAUUUCCAGACACCAAAAAAAAAA